AUGAGCAGCAACAGUGGUAAGAGAGCACCGACGACAGCGACCCAGCGCCUGAAGCAGGACUAUCUCCGGAUUAAGAAAGACCCCGUGCCUUACAUCUGUGCCGAGCCCCUCCCUUCCAACAUCCUUGAGUGGCACUAUGUGGUCCGAGGCCCUGAGAUGACUCCCUAUGAAGGUGGCUAUUAUCACGGAAAACUAAUUUUUCCCAGAGAAUUUCCUUUUAAACCUCCUAGUAUUUAUAUGAUAACUCCCAAUGGAAGAUUUAAGUGUAAUACAAGGCUGUGUCUUUCUAUCACGGAUUUCCACCCAGACACAUGGAACCCAGCCUGGUCCGUCUCCACCAUCCUGACGGGGCUUCUCAGCUUUAUGGUGGAGAAGGGCCCCACCCUGGGCAGCAUCGAGACAUCAGACUUCACGAAAAGACAACUGGCUGCACAAAGUUUAGUGUUUAAUUUAAAAGACAAAGUGUUUUGUGAAUUAUUUCCUGAAGUUGUGGAGGAAAUUAAGCAAAAACAGAAAGCACAAGACGAACUCAGUAGCAGACCACAGGCUCUCCCCUUACCGGACGUGGUUCCAGACGGGGAGACGCACCAUGGCCAGCACGGGCUCCCGCUCCUCAAUGGGCACGCGCCGGGGGCCGGGCCGCACCUGGCGGGGCUCCAGCAGGCCAACCGGCACCAUGGACUCCUGGGCGGGGCCCUGGCGAACUUGUUUGUUAUAGUUGGGUUUGCGGCCUUCGCCUACACGGUCAAGUAUGUGCUGAGGAGCAUAGCGCAGGAGUGA